UCAGAGCUUCAAACGAAGACGAAGACGAUGACGGUGACCAACAGCGGCAUCCAAUACGCCGUUCAGAUCAUCACCAAACACUUCGGCAACCUCGUCGCCAAAGUAUGCGAAACCCUACUGAAAUCCGGGCCGUUAAACCUCGGCGCCCUAAUCCGAUCGACGGCGCUCACUCCCCAGCAAGUCAAGAACUCUCUCCUCAUCCUCGUCCAGCACAAUUGCGUCCAGCCCUUCACUCAAGAGUCCAAGGCUGGGCUUAAAGUUCAGUACAUUGCUGUGUAUGAUAACAUACUCCAUCGCCUUCGGUUUGCGAAGUUUCUGGCUGUUGUGGCCCAGGAGCUCGGUGAUGAGUGCAAACAACUUGUUGCUGGUUUACUUGAGCAUGGUAGACUUACACAGCAGCAGUUGAUGGACAGAGCUGAUCAGAAAUCGAAAUCAGAUAGUACUGAAGUUCAGGAUGUUUCUGCAGCUCAAGAGAACUUUGUUAGACUUGUGAAUGCCCGUUUUGUUGAACGCUGCCCGGCCCCUGAACCACUUCUUGAAGAACCACCUGAACAAGAAGGUCCAAAGAAGCCACGCGGUAAAUCUGCUAAGAUGGUUCAAGUACCAGAGACCAUAGAACAACGUGUUCUAGCAGCAGCAAGGCCUAUGGAAGCAAUAAGAUUUUUAAUUACGACAGAAUCGGAAACUGAUGAUCCGUUACAAAAAAGUGAGAAUAAUUUCUCUAGUAUGGGUGUUGGGGAGAAGCGCAAGUUUGAUGAUUUGGAUAGUGAAGAACAUGGGUCUAAUGAUAAGGGAGUGAUUCUUUGGCGUGCCAAUUUUGAGCAGUUCAUUCGUUGUCUAAGGCAUAAGGCUUGUAUUGAGAGUGUUAGAGCACGACAUGAUGAUGGAGCUGCAGUUGUGUUAAGAGCAGUGCUGAAGGCAACUAGAAAUCAAGAGACCAAAGUGAAAACAGAUUAUUCAGGUCCUUUAAAGAUGGAUGCUAUUUAUGAGGAGGUGAUGGAUAGUGAAGCCUGCCCUAGUUUAGAGCAGGAAUGUGUCAGAGCUCACCUCAGAUUGUUGUGCGGAGCACCUCUUGUAACAGGAGAAUAUGAGGAUGAGAAUGAGGAUGUGCUUUAUAGCGUUGACUUGAAGAAAAUUAUCGAACUGCUUCAGAAUGAUGAGGUGGAGUCGAUUGUUCUGAAAAGAUAUGGAAAGGAUGCUUAUAGAAUAUUUCGGUUACUGACAAGCCAGUCAAAUGCUGGUCGUUUUUUUGAGACAGAUAAGAUAUCAGAAAUGGCCCUUGUUGACAAAAAGGAAACACCUAAGAUUCUUUAUAAGCUCUGGAAGGAUGACUACGUUCAUAUGGAGAAAUUAUCAUUGACAGCAGCUAAACAGUCGCAAGUCAUGGUAUGGAAAGUACACAAGUCGAUUGUUUGGGAACAUGUUUUAGAUGAGAUGUACCAUGCAGCGUACAAUUUGGUUAAGCGAUAUGAUCAUGAGAGGGAAGAGAAUAAGGAGGUUACAAAUACCCCGAAGGAGAAACGCAUUGGUGAGUUAGAGAAAAAAGCCAACCGCUUUCUAGCUGUUAGGAAAAUCAUGGCAUCUUCCCUUCUGAAGCUUGAUGAUGCUCUCAUGCUUUUCCAUGACUUCUGAUUCAGUGAGUCAGGGCUUAUGACUGCACCACUCUUGGCACUUUCUUUAUAUAAACAG